AUGCCACUCCGCCAAGCGAUCAGACAGAGACAAAAGCACGAGUUCGCACUCCCUCUCGGACUGGCACUCGGCUUCUGGACCUUCUUCUAUAAGUUCGUCGGCGACCGAUGCCGCACAAACGGAACCGCCUUUUUCCACGCUAUACUGGUCAGCCCCAUCAUGAUCCUCAGCUUGAUGCGGCUAAAGCACGACCGCUACUGGGGCGAAUCCACCGUAUUUGACGCCGUCGCGGUGGUCGUUGCCGGCUAUUUCGCCUGGGACCUAGGAAUCUCCAUCCUCCAGUACAAGGAAUAUGGAUUCAGCUUCCUGCUACACGCCGUGAUCUGCCUUUCCUGCAUGAUGCUCCACUUGCUCGCAAAAGAAAUGCGGACGUCCUGGAUUAUUGCCGGCAUGAUUGCCACGGAAUGCUCCACGAUCUUCCUACACCUCCGGUGGUUCAUGAUCCAGGCUAAACUCACCCACCGACUCUACUUCAAAAUCGUCAACGUUCUUUUCAUGCUCACCUUUGCCAGCUACCGCAUGUACUAUGUCGCGGUCAUUGCGAUAUUCCCGUACACACGACAUGUCCUCACACACAAGAACUUCGGCCUCAACCGGCUAGACGCAUUCCGCAUCUGGUACCAGAUGGUAACCUCGUGGCUGUGGCUCGGACUUCAGUACUAUUGGGGAUUCGCGCUGGUGCGUAGCCAACUUUCCCAAAUGACUAAACGCUGGAAGAAGCGGGACUAA